GGAGCACUUCCAGGCGACAUCCACUCCUGCCCUGCUGCGAGGAGCGGCGAGCGACUGGCCCGCCAUGAGCAGGUGGAGCGUUGCCGGCUUCGCGGACGCCUUCGGGCACCAGAAGAUGGUGUGCGACCACCGCUGCGGGCUUGAAAUGCGCAUGGCAGACUUCUGGCACUACACGGAGCACCAGACCGACGACGCGCCCCUGUACCUCUUCGACCACCGCCUCGCCGAGUGCCCGGCCCUGCGGCCCCUGCGCGGCGACUACGCGGAGCCCGCGGCCCUGCCGGCCGCGGCCGACCUCCUGGAGGGCCUGGCCCCGGCCGCCUGCCCGCCGCGCCGCUGGCUGCUGGUGGGGCCGCGGCGGUCGGGGAGCGCUCUGCACAAGGACCCUUUGGGCACGUCCGCGUGGAACGCCCUCGUCGUGGGCACGAAGCUGUGGGUGCUGUUCCCGCCAGCGACGCCACCUGAGUGGCUGCUGCCAUGUCCGAGGGGUGUCAGGGGAGACAGCGGCGGCCCCAGGCCCUGAGAUCCGACGUCGCGAGGAGACUGCGACAUCGUCAAAGAUCAUCAGUGGAGCCCUGCC